UCGACAUCAGAGACGAAUAAUAGCUGGCUGCUUGUCUAGUACUUUUCACUCUUCUUAUUUUUUCUGUUUGUUUCUUUGGGUCUUUACCGCUCCCUUCUGGUCCCUCUUUCACCUCCAGCCACAUAUUGUGACACUAACUGUCAAAAACAGACGACCCAAGCUUGGCAUUUGUGUGUGUGUGUGUGCCAGUGGUGGGGAGGUCUUGCUCUAAGCUGAUGCUAUUAAUACCAGCUAAUGAACAUAAUCUGGAGGGUAGGUUAUCCUCUUACGUUUGUUGGCUGGACGGCUAAGGGGAGGAGCAGGGAGCUGUGUGAAAGAGGAGGGAAAAGCUGUAGCGCUGUAGUUUCACACUGUAGUUUUCUUCACUAAGCCGCAGUGCCUUCACUCUACCUCUAUUGAGAGAAUGGGGGAAACAGAAAGCUAAACAGAUGUUUUAAGUUUCGUUUCUCACCCCAGUUGAUAUCCCUCUAUAUUUCCCACUGUCAGCAUCAUUCUGGUUGUGUUGCACCAGAGGGCAGUGCUUGUUAUUGUGUUCAGGUGUAUGAUAAUACUUAAUAUAUCUGUUGGAAGUAGAGUAGGAUUAAAUUCAACUUGUGGAGCACACACAGUGGAAGUAUAUUGGUAUUUUUUCCAGUUAUGAACUCUCUACCAGCUUACUCAGGAGCUAGAAUAUCUGGCUGUUGGACUCUAAGAUCUGAUGGCAGUGGAGGUGGAGAGGGAUCACUGGACAGGCUUCUUCCCUCGGUAAGCACAGGCCUUUCUCCCAGGAAAAGGACCACCAGCCAGUGUAAGUCUGAGCCUCCUCUGCUACGCACAUCGAAACGAACCAUCUAUACUGCUGGUCGCCCACCCUGGUACAACGAACAUGGGACACAGUCCAAAGAGGCCUUCAUCAUUGGUCUGUGUGGUGGCAGCGCUUCAGGAAAGACAACCGUAGCCAGGAAAAUCAUUGAAGCUUUAGAUGUACCGUGGGUUGUAUUACUCUCAAUGGACUCUUUUUACAAGGUCCUGUCCCCCGAACAGCAGACCCGGGCUGCCAGCAAUGACUAUAACUUUGACCACCCUGAUGCCUUUGACUUUGAUUUGCUGACACACAUCCUGCGCAAACUCAAACAGGGCAAGAGUGUGAAAAUUCCUGUGUAUGACUUUACAACCCAUGGGAGACAAAAGGAGUGGAAAACUGUGUAUGGAGCCAGUGUUAUCAUCUUUGAGGGAAUCAUGGCCUUUGCAGAUAAAGAGCUUUUGAAGUUGCUGGACAUGAAGAUCUUUGUAGACACAGAUUCUGACAUUCGUUUGGUGCGCCGACUGAGGAGGGACAUUUCAGAAAGAGGCCGAGAUAUUGAGGGUGUCAUCAAACAGUACAACAAGUUUGUGAAGCCAGCUUUCGAGCAGUACAUCGAGCCGACCAUGCGCCUGGCUGAUAUUGUGGUGCCGCGUGGUGGUGGCAAUAUGGUUGCCAUUGAUUUGAUUGUUCAGCAUGUUCACAGUCAGCUGGAGGAGAGGAAACUUCGCUGGGAUAUGGCAGCCUUGGCUUCUGCACACCAGGCCCAACCCCUCCCCCAAACCCUCAGCGUUCUGGAGAGCACACCCCAAGUCAGGGGCAUGCACACCAUCAUCAGAAACAAGGAAACCACUCGUGAUGAGUUCAUCUUCUACUCCAAGAGGUUGAUGCGCCUAUUGAUCGAGCGAGCGCUCUCCUUUCUCCCCUCACAGGUCCACAUAGUCCAGACCCCCCAGGGAGAGGAUUACGAAGGCAGGACUUUCUAUGGGAAGAGGAUCACAGGUGUGUCCAUCCUGCGAGCCGGAGAGACCAUGGAGCCAGCUCUAAGGGCUGUCUGCAAAGACGUCCGCAUCGGCAAGAUCCUCAUCCAGACCAACCAGGACACGGGAGAACCAGAGCUUCAUUACCUUCGUUUACCCAAAGACAUCACUGAAGAUCAUGUGAUUCUGAUGGACUGCACCGUGUCCACAGGAGCUGCUGCUAUGAUGGCAGUACGAGUCCUGCUGGACCAUGACGUUCAGGAGGACAAGAUUCUGCUGGUUUCUUUGCUCAUGGCUGAGAUGGGAGUUCACUCAGUUGCCUACGCAUUCCCACAGGUUAAAAUCAUCACCACAGCUGUGGACAAGAAGGUCAAUGACGUCUUUCACAUCAUCCCUGGCAUAGGAAACUUUGGAGAUAGAUAUUUUGGAACGGAUGCGCCCCCUGACUGGAGUGACGAGGAGAUGGACGAGCCCAGUUACUGAUGCCUCUACUAUAUUUCCUGAUUCAGAGUUGUGCCCCCUUUAUUACCGAAAAAUGUUUGGCCACAAUUUGCAUCCGUCAAGGGCCGAACAGAACUGUCCUAAAAAAGGAACUGAAAACAGGACAAUGUGACGUUGCUACUUUACAGUUUCAGUUUUAAAUUAUAUUAUUUAAUUAGGUGGAAAUACUGACAGUGAAUGUUACUGUUGAUGUUUUUAUUUGUACAGCAUUUUUUAAAGUUCUUAUUUUGAUGUUUAAAUUGUGACAAUCGCUUGAAAAUUUGAAGACGUGUUUUGAAAAGAUUUAUCCGGCCUUAAGUCAUGCACUGCGGACGGCACAACUAAGUGUGGAUUUGCACAUGAUGUAAAAGAACAACAGUCAAACUUUUUUUUUUUUUGUCUUCUUCCUCACAACUUUCACAAAAGUAAAAUCAGAGCGUGAACUUGGGUUGCUCAACUUCCAUGGCCAUGAGCACUUUCAGAAGGACCAUUCAAUCGGAAAAUGUGUGGGUGUACCUGUCUGUUUCUUUUCUUUUUUUUUAGCUUUCUCGUUCACUCUUUUCCUUCUCUGUGGAUGCCGACUUACCCAGCUGAAAAGGAUGUUAAAACCACUUUUAUUUUACAGCUUUAAGUAUGUACUUGUGGCGUAUAUUUAUGCUGAAUGUUCUUCAUUUUCAUAUUAUUACUGUGGAUAGACCUGACCAGUCAGCAGGCAAGCCAUGCAUCUUUGUUUCUGUGAAAAUGGGUCAUCUGCAUUAAGCAAACACAGAUUACGUCUUUUCUUCAGUCUCACGCGUCCUGAUUAAUGCUUCUGUUCUUGAUGCAGUAGAUAAGAUUGAUUGUUUAAAAGAAGCCGAUGAGCUGCAGACCCAUGAAGUUGAAAUAGCUACAGGUCAGAAAGUUUUCAGAUUGUGCCUGAUCUUUUUACUCAGUAGCUAUAUUGAAAUGAAUAAAGUCCAUCUUUUUAAGAUGGAGAUUUAUUAAUAUUGCCUUGUUCUUAUUGUUGAAAAUGUCAACAGUUUGCCAGACAUGAACUUGCAGUCAGUUAAUUUUGAUAGCAUAUUGCUGUGAUGUUCAUAAGGUCAUAAUUAUCAUUUGAUUUAAUUUUAAUCAUCUAGAUUUAUUAAAAUUGCAGCAUUUUACAACAUAUUUCUAAUAGAAGGAGCUUACUGCAUCUUGUCAUGUUAGUGACGAGUUGUUAAAGUUGGCAAGUCAAUGCUUUUCCAUUUAAUCACCUGUUACUGAACAAGACGUUCUCACUGCUGAUUACAUUUUUCUGUUGAGGUCAGGUGAUGUGUUUGCAGCCUCCCAGCCUGAAUGUACAAUGUCUAAGAUUUAUUAUGUCUGCAUGUUUAUUUUUUUAUAUUGAAUAAAAGUGCAAUGUAUAGAUUUUAA